AUGAUAAGAAAAGCGGGUUAUCCCGUGAAAACUCAUAUUACAACGACCGAGGAUGGAUAUCUCUUAACAUUACAUCGUAUCCCAGAUAGAAAUGUUAACAAACGUUGCAAGAUAUUGUUUUUUCUUUUUGGCAUUUUAGCUUAUAUAUUAGCGGAUCACAGAUAUGAUGUUUGGUUGGGUAAUUUUCGUGGUAAUAUUUACUCCAGGGCGCAUAUUUCCCUAUCUCCGUCGAACUUGACAUUUUGGGAUUUCAGCCUUAACGAAUUGGGCAUCUACGAUUUACCCACGAUGAUUACAUAUAUUACAAAUAUGAGAUCGCAACCAUUGCAUACCUACAUUGGUAUAUCUAUGGGCUCAACUUGUUUCUAUAUAAUGGCGACAGAACGUCCGGAAAUCGCUCAAAUGGUGAAAGUGAUGAUGAGUCUCGCACCAACAGUUUUUCUUAACCAUAUGACAAGUCCGAUACAAUAUUUGUUUUUCUUGAAAGAUUACAAAAUGAUAAUGGGAUUUUUUUUUCACAAAUUUCUGCUAAGCAAUUUUGUGAGAUCUUUUUUAAUAUAUGGCAGCGAGCAGAACAUACUCAAAGAUAUCUACGUCAACUUGUUUUCUAUAAUUUUCGGUUACGAUCACGAGCAGCUUGAUUACCAUCUGCCGUUGAUAUUGAGUCAUUUCCCAGCCGGCGGUUCGUUUAAUAUAGGGGUGCAUUAUAUACAGUUAUUUCAAUCGGGCAAAUUUCGUCAAUACGAUUAUGGUCGUGCGAAAAACAUACUGAUCUAUAAUUCGAUAGAACCUCCGGAGUACAAUCUAACAAAUAUAACGAUUCCGAUCGCGUUAUUUUAUGGCCCUGGCGACUUGUUGGAUAACACCAUGCAUAUAAGGAGGUUGUACCAUUUACUGCCCAACGUAGUGGAUAUUUACCAAGUACCGUGGCGCAAUUUCAAUCACGUAGACUUUAUACUUGCUAAGGAUGCGCCAAAACUCGUAUACGAAAGAGUCCUCAAAAUCAUGAGGAUGGAGAAUUCAAAUAACAUUACAUCAAUAAUCAAAGAUGAAUGUUACACGUUAAAUCUUUAUAAUAAUGGAUACGAUUGAUGACUGUAAUCGCAAGUCUAUUAAAAUGUAUUUUAAA